AGUGACGUGACGUUCGUGGUGGGCCGGGAGCAGCAGCAGGUAUUUGCACAUCGCUGUGUGCUGGCGUGUCGCUGCCAGGCCUUCCAGGGGAUGCUCAGCCAGGGACUGGUGGGCAGCGAGGACCCACCUGGCAGCAUCCCACCCCAGGGCCCCUUUGUCCUGGGCAACGUGCAGCCCGAGGUCUUCCUGGCUGUCAUUGAGUUCCUUUACACCAACAGCAUCACCCUCAACAGCCACAUUGUGCUGGAGGUGCUGACCUCAUCGGUGGAGUAUGGCCUGCAGGACCUGUGCAAGCUCUGCAUUGAGUUCAUCAAGGACACACUCAGUGUUGAACAGGUCUGUGAGGCUCUGCAGGCUGCAGUGACCUAUGGGCUGGCAGACCUCCAGCAACACUGCCUGGCCUUCAUCGAGGGCUGCACUGAGGCGGUGGUGCGGACACGGGGCUUCCACGAGCUCUCUGACGUGGUGCUGGCACGGGUGCUGCGCAGCGACCGCCUGGCUGUGGAUGAACUGGACCUGGUGCAGGCUGUGCGGGAGUGGGCACACGUCAGCUCGGCCGUUCUGGAGCGCCCAGUGCCUGAGGUGGCUGCCUUGCCUGUGCAGGAGCUGCGCCUGCCCUUGUUGGCCACCAGUGAGCUGGCAACGCUGGAAAGCCACAACCAGCGGGAUCUGCUCAUCCCGGUGGAGAGCAUCACAGCAGCCUGGCGGUCCCAUGCGCUGAGGAAAGGCAGCGGGGUCCCCUCACACCUCUGCCGGCCCCGGCGCGGCACGAAGCCUCGUGACCAUCACCGGCACCUGGAGCCACGCACCAAGUAA